GGCGCCCGGGGGUUUCGAGAGCCCGUCCCGUCCCAGAAGCGCUCGGGAUGCGGGGCGCCGCCGGCAGCGGACUCCGGCCUCCCACUCUUGGAAACUUCUGGGAAGCUCCCCGGCUGCCCUAGUUCCCCCAGGAAGUUGCCCAGGGCCUCAGGCAGCUCCAGAACCCUCCGGGCCGUGGGGCUCCGCGUCCCGCGGGCGCCGCCCUCCGCCCGGCCCCUCCUCCGCGGCCGCCCCUCCCCGGUCCCGCCUGCCCUCUGACCUGAGCCUGCCUGGCGCGCCCCUCCCGCAGGCUCCCGAGGGCAGAGCAGCAGCGGGCGUCGCGAGGCCCGGCAGCGCGCUCGCCCCGGCCCCGGCCCCGCCGAGCGUCCGUCUCCCGCCGGCAGAGGCGCGCGCGGCCGGUCGCACCAUGGCCUUCUCCCAGGUGCAGUGUCUGGACGACAGCCACGUCAACUGGCGCUCCAGCGAGUCCAAGCCCGAGUUCUUCUACAGCGAGGAGCAGCGGCUGGCGCUGGAGGCCCUGGUGGCCCGCGGCCCCGAGGCCUUCUACGAGGUGCUGAAGCGCGAGAACAUCCGGGACUUCCUCUCUGAGCUGGAGCUCAGGCGCAUCCUGGACACCAUCGAAGUGUACGACCCGGGCUCCGAGGACCCUCGCGCCGCCGGCCAGCCGCAGGGGCCCGAGGACAGCAAAGCCGGAGACUGCCAGGAGGCCAGUGGGGCAGGUGGGGCCCCCACCGAGGCCGAGCUGCUGCCCUCGCUGGAGUACUGGCCCCAGAAGUCGGACCGCUCCAUCCCGCAGCUGGACCUGGGCUGGCCGGACACCAUCGCCUACCGCGGCGUGACCCGGGCCAGCGUCUACAUGCAGCCCCCCAUCGACGGGCAGGCCCACAUCAAGGAGGUGGUUCGCAAGAUGAUCAGUCAGGCCCAGAAGGUGAUCGCGGUGGUCAUGGACAUGUUCACCGAUGUGGACAUCUUCAAGGACCUGCUGGACGCCGGCUUCAAGAGGAAGGUGGCCGUGUACAUCAUCGUGGACGAGAGUAACGUCAAGUACUUCCUGCACAUGUGCGAGCGGGCCCGCAUGCACCCGGGGCACCUCAAGAAUCUCAGGGUGCGCAGCAGCGGAGGAACCGAGUUCUUCACGCGGUCGGCCACCAAGUUCAAGGGCGCCCUGGCCCAGAAGUUCAUGUUCGUGGAUGGAGACCGGGCCAUCUGUGGCUCUUACAGCUUCACGUGGUCGGCCGCGAGGACGGACCGGAACGUGAUCUCCGUGCUGUCCGGCCAGGUGGUGGAGAUGUUCGACCGGCAGUUCCAGGAGCUGUACCUCAUGUCGCACGGCGUCAGCCUCAAGGGCAUCCCCAUGGAGAAGGAGCCGGAGCCGGAGCCGGUGCUGCUGCCCUCCACGGUCCCGCUGCUGCCCUCGGGCACCGUGGCCAAGAAGCUCGUCAACCCCAAAUACGCGUUGGUCAAGGCCAAGAGCGCCGACGAGAUCGCCAAGGCUUCUUCCGAGAAACAGGGCGCCACGAGGUCCCCAGCAGGGCGGGGCCCAGCGCCAGCCGACCAGCCAGGGGACCUCCCCGAGCCACCCUCCUCCAUCCACCCGGGGCUGCUCAACCUGGAGCGGGCCAACAUGUUCGAGUACCUGCCCACCUGGGUGGAGCCGGACCCCGAGCCUGGCAGUGACAUCCUGGGCUACAUCAAUAUCAUCGACCCCAAUAUCUGGAACCCGCAGCCCAGCCAGAUGAACCGCAUCAAGAUCCGAGACACGGCCCAGGCGGGGGCCCAGCCGUGGAGGCAGAGCCAGGGUUGCGGCCCCGCGCCCGUGCCCCGCGCCUCCACGCCCAGCGCCCCCCAGGACGGGGUCCCAGCCGAGAACGGCCUCUACCAGGGGGACACCGAGCCACGGCCCCCUGUACCCAAGCCCCGGACGGUCCCUGUGGCAGACCUGCUUGCCCGGGAGGGCGGCGGUGUGGGCUGGGCCCUGGAGACACCAGAAGAGGAGGCGCCCCAGAAUGGGACAGACCACGGGCCGCCCAGGACAGAGGGCCCAGGCCAUGCCCCGCUCCUGCGGCCGCCGUCUGUGACCCAGGGUGACCCGGAUGGCAGGGGCGCGGUGGUUCCCAACGGGCUGGACGGGGAGGAGGACGAUGAUGACUACGUGACCCUCAGUGACCAGGACAGCCUCUCAGGCAGCUCCGGCCGUGGCCCUGGUCCCCGGAGGCCCUCAGUGGCCUCUUCUGUGUCCGACGAGUAUUUCGAGGUGAUGGAUCGGUCAGCCACUCUCCAGAGGCGCUACUCGGAGCAGGUGGCCAACGGGCCAGCCCAGCCACCCCGCCGACAGCUUAGCGCCCCCCACAUGACCCGUGGGACCUUUGGUGGACCCCUGGCUGGCUCAUGGGCCCAGGGUCGGGAGAGAGAAGAGGUGGGCACUCUGAGGAGGAUACAGGCCCCACGCUCCGCUGACAAGGAGGCACAGGGUCAGCGGUUCCACCACUAUGGAGUCUCUGCCUCGGGGACCAGGGAUAAGGACGGCUUCCCACGGCCGCUGAAGACCCCAGGACCCCCGCGGUACCGCCCUGCCACCGACGGCACCCAGAGCUCCAGCAGGAAAGCAGGCCCGGCCGUGGCUGGCCCGCAGCACUGGCAGGCCAAGGGUGGCCCGGUGCCCCGCACGCUGCCGGGCCCUGGGAGCCCAGGGCCAGCCCGAAACGCCAGCCCCCUGGCCGACAGCAGGGCCACCGAGGAGCGCCCAAGUCCUUUCGGAAUCCCGUACUCCAAACUGUCCCAGUCCAAGCACCUGAAGGCCAGGACGGGUGGUGGCCAGUGGGCAUCGUCCGACUCUAAACGGCGGGCCCAGGCCCCCCGGGACCACAAGGACCCCUAGAACCCUGGGCCCAAGCCUGGAGCCAUGCUGUCCACGGCCUCCGCCCCAGCCUGGGCUCACCGUGUGGGUGGAUCCCGAGGCCUCCCGGGCCUCCCGAGCCUGCCCUGGAAGGCAGGAGGGUGGGGUGAGUGGUGACCUGGCCACUCACCUGGUCAGUGCACCAGUACCAGGUGGCCAUGAUGGUCAGGCCGAAGGUCAUCCCAGUCCACGGGAGGUCCCCUGUGUAGGGGUCUCGGAACAUGUGCGUGGCGUCUGCCCGCGGCAGGUGGCAGGUCGUGUUGGAGAUGGUCCUGGACGGGACGGCCCGGGCGUAGGCUGCUGCCAGCUGCUCAUACCCACCAAUCUGCUCGAAAGCUGGAGCGGGCGGGGCGGGACAGGGCGGUCAGCGGCUGGGGGCCUCCUCCCACCCCCACUGUCCUCAUCUCACAAGUAGCUUCUUCAUGCACCAAACUUGAUUUUUUCCCACUUCACCUUUCCCAGUGUCUGGACAAGUACGGAGGGUAGAGGGUUUAAAGAAGGUGAAUUCAGAUGACUAUUUUAUUUGUAUUUAAAAUAAUGCUAUUAAAUGAGCAUUUUGCA